UAUUUUGAAGUCAAGGUUCAUGCCAUGGCUCAGGAAGUGGUCCUUGCGAUUGGAUUAACCACCCGACCUUACCCUUUAUUCCGUAUGCCAGGAUGGAACAAGUUCUCCGUAGCCUAUCACAGCGACGAUGGACGCAAAUUUUGUGAUGACCCCACGGGUGGGCAAGAGUACGGUCCAAGUUGGGGCGUCGGUGACAUCGUCGGCUGCGGUUAUCAACCUGAAACGGGCAACAUUUUCUUCACUCUCAACGGUCGGAUGAUCGAUCAAGCUUUUGUAGGACUCGAACGACACCAUUAUUUUGCCAGCUUUGGCGCCGAUGGGUUUGCACAAGUCAGUAUCAAUUUCGGCCAACGUCCCUUCCUUUUC